GCGCAAAACCGCCUUUUCACCAUAGUUAAUUUCGCUAAAUAACCACCGUCGGCGGUGAGUGAAAGCCGUGAGGAGAUGAAGCUGACGGAUAACGUGCUGCGCAGUUUCCGAGUGGCCAAGGUGUUCCGGGAAAACACCGACAAGAUCAACUGCUUCGACUUCUCCCCCAACGGCGAGACGCUCAUUUCCAGCAGCGACGAUGACUCUAUCGUACUGUACGACUGCCAGGAGGGGAAACCAAAACGAACACUCUACAGUAAGAAGUAUGGGGUGGACCUGAUCAGAUACACACAUGCAGCAAAUACCGUGGUUUACAGUUCUAACAAAAUUGAUGAUACCAUCAGGUAUUUAUCACUCCACGAUAACAAGUACAUUAGAUACUUCCAUGGUCACAGUAAAAGAGUUGUAGCAUUGUGCAUGUCUCCGGUGGAUGACACGUUCAUGUCCAGUUCCCUGGAUAAAACCAUCCGAUUGUGGGACCUCAGAUCACCUAAUUGCCAGGGUUUAAUGCAUCUUCAGGGGAGACCAACGUGCUCCUUUGAUCCUGAGGGACUUAUAUUUGCAGCUGGUGUAAAUUCAGAGAUAAUUAAACUUUAUGAUCUACGGUCAUUUGACAAGGGUCCUUUUGCCACAUUUAAGAUGCAGUAUGAGCGAACAUGUGAAUGGACAGGAUUGAAAUUCAGCAACGAUGGAAAGCUUAUGCUGGUAUCCACCAACGGUGGUAUGGUUAGGCUGAUUGAUGCAUUUAAAGGGGCAGUGCUGCAAACAUUUGCGGGAUACAACAACAACAAAGGUAUUAGUUUGGAGGCUUCAUUCACACCCGAUUCUCAGUUUGUGAUUAUAGGGUCAGAGGAUGGUAAAGUUCACGUGUGGAAUGCAGAGAGUGGGUUAAAAGUUGCUGUUCUGGAUGGAAAACAUACAGGCCCUGUCUCUUGUCUUCAGUUUAAUCCCAAAUUCAUGACAUUUGCCAGUGCAUGCUCCAAUAUGGCAUUUUGGUUGCCUACAAUUGAUGACUGAAGUGUCUCAUCUUCUUGAACACACUGAAGAAUUAACAGCCAACUGACUCCAAGUGUUCCAGUUGUUUUGUCUAUAGAUUGGCUGAAAGAUCGGCAGGGUUUUUUUUGUAUGUCCUUACAUCAGCCACUGAGAUAUUGAUGGACUACAGAUGUAUCACCACUGAAUACUACAGUUGAUUUUAGUAGAAGCAGAAAAAUCCCCACCCCACCUCCAGCAUUAUAACUUCAAUCCCAUGUCUCAUUCUUUCUUUCUCGCUUUGGGAUGUGCCAACUGAUUACUUUUUAAUAACCAUUAUUGAAACUGUUAAUUGAAUAUGUUGGGCAUCACAGUAGCCAGGCAGUAUUCUGAUCAACCCCCGGUGUGUUUUGGUGUUUCUCAGCCAACAAUUAUUGCCAGUCACCCAGGUAUUUACUAACAUUCCACUUCAGUAUUUCAUCGUAAUGAAAGGAAGACAGGAUCUUGAUUAGAUUAAUGGUUGAGAAGAUAGUUGGAGGGGGAUUAAUUUGCUGAGUAUUGAGAUUUAAAAGCAUGUCUUUUCUGUGUUUUUGUUUUAUCUCAAUUUUGUUCAGGAAUGUCUUUCUAUAUUGUAGAUUUCUGUACAGUGUAAAACUUUGCUUCACCUUAAAACAAAGCUUUACUUUGUUUCAAAGUGUUUGCCAUUGUUUGCUUUGUGUAAAUAUUUGGGCGCGUGCGAAGUCUUAUUUUGUUUCUUUAAUGUGAAUUCCAUUUGCAAUUUUUCAAGAGUCAAGUAAGAUCUAAGAUGGCCCAGUGCUGAAAGCACACUUCUGUAGUCGUGGCAAACAAACCAGCUCAGUUGUAUUUUUAUUCCAUCUCCAUAAUUUUGAAUUAUGGACUUUUUUUACAGAAACUUCUCAAAAUAAUUGUGAGAUGUGCUUUGGAGUAUUUGAAGUUGCUUUUAGUUUGGGUGUUUUAAUGUGCCAAAGAAAAGUAACAAUGAUAAAGUGACGCACACUUACUCUUGCUGAAACUGACAAUUCCUAAUUUGCAUCUGGUUUAGGCAACUGUGUAAACUACAGACAUGAGGAUUUUUAUGAGCUCGUCGGGGCCGAAGUUAUUUCAAUUGUUGAAUGUAAUUUUUUUGUCUUUUAGAUGCUUAUUUUAAAGGGAAAUAUUCAGAUAUGCAUCUAGCUACAGAAUCUAGUCCAUUAGACUAAGAUGAGAAAGCAGGAUUCGGGUACCAGAAUCCCCUUCCUGCUAUGGCUGGUUGACCAAAAGACUGUUGAACUAAAUGUGUACAGAUGCCCAAGGCUCGGUUCAGUUAUACCGAUCAAAGCGUAGUAGACUCAACAUGUUUGAGCUCUUCGAACACUGGUCGUGUGAAAUGCAAAAUAUUGUAAUUAAGACUGUGGCAGUUGGGAACAGCUUGACCUUUGACUUGUCAUUUGUGGAGAUUUGAGGUUCUUAUUUUUUUAAAUUUCAUUGUCUGAAAUCAUGUAAAGUGAAGCACAAUGUGAUGUCUGUAAUUCCUUCAACUUGCAUUGUUCAAUAGUUUUAAAUGACUGUUUACUGAUGCAGUAACUCCUCGAAGAAUACAGUACAUCUUCAACAGGGUGCAGUCCACUGACACCAUCUCAUGACAAAAAUAUAUUUUGUACAUGAUGUCCAAGCAGUAACAAUUCAAAUUGCUGUGGUCUAAGGAAGUGUAAGCAACUGACCCUAACCAGUCACUUAUGAAAUAAUUUCUAUAAUAUCCUGAAUUCUGUGGUAUGUGCUGUUUAGCAUUAACACUCACAUCUAUUCAAGCACUCAUUUCAAGACACAAAAUCUGGAUUAACUUUUUUUCAUAAAGUCUUGCAAUAAACUAUUAUGUAAUAUGUAUGCAACACCUAAAGUAAUUAAAUUGAGGUCAGUGUUAUUGUAUGACAUUUACUCCAUAAAAGGACAAUUGUGGUGCAAAUUAUAUCUCCAGAGAUUCUGACUUGGAUUCUGUGGAUAGGAGGUUCCUAUAACCAUUAUUUCUUGUGGGAGUUUCUUACUUUGUAAAUGGGUUUGUUUCCCUAUUUAUAGUACUUACGAUUAUACAGUUCUACAUGAAAAAUAGUAUCCUUUAAAAAGUGACAGGAACAUCUAUGUACCAUCUCAUGGAAAAUGGGAGGGCAUAACUUAGUGGCAUUAACCUACUUAUCCAAGGAUAGUGAAGGAAAACAGGAUGGUGUGUCACCCUGCAUCAUUGCAGUUCCUUGUAAGCAGGGGUAUUGGUGAAGGUAAGAUUAGGUCGGUCAUCCUCCACCCUCCUGGCCCAGUUAAAAGUACAGUUAGGAAGAGAUACAAGGAAGAGUUUAAAAAUCCCUGAGCUUUAGGGAACUAAAAACAGUGAGUGACCUUUACAGUUUACUCCUGUAAAUAUUAUCUGGGUGGCAUUCUUUUAACUUCAAAUGGCUUUUACAAAAAGCUGCUGAUGGAAAUAUUGUAUCAAUGGGAUAAACUGCUGGAAAUCUUUGUAAACUGUAAAAUUAAAUUGUCAAUAUGUGUUUUUCAUGAA